UUGUGACCUUUUAGAAAAAGCCGUAGACAAAUCUGCUGCUGAGUGUCAAACAGCGAAGGGAGAAGGAUAGUGUCCCGUCUGUACCUACUCAACAUGUACAAAGUAGUAUCCUGUCUAAGUGUCCGCUCUGCAGGUCUCACAGGACAGAUCUGCAGUUCACCUGGUUUGGCCAAAUUUCACGUGGGAAAUGGUGCAGUAUGUCAGAAAUCGGCCCUCAAAUACCGUCCCACAGACCUCCCAGAGUUGCCGCCAUGCAAUUUCAAACCAGAGGAAUACAAGGGUAUGUCCAAAGAGCGCAUGAUGGAGAUUCGCAGGCAGAACUGCAACCCCAUGACCAUGAAGAUUACCUACUAUAAGAAACCAGUGUUCAUCCACCAGGGACACAUGCAGUGGCUGUGGGAUGUGGAUGGGAAACGAUAUCUGGAUCUGUUUGCUGGUGUGGCUACUGUUGGUGUGGGCCACUGCCACCCGAAAGUAACAGCAGCCGCAGAGCAGCAGAUGAAGAGACUGUGGCAUACUACUAACAUCUACGUCUAUCCUCCUCUCCAUGAGUAUUGUGAGAAACUAGCUUCCUACUUGCCAGAUCCCCUUAAGGUGGUAUAUCUGACCAACAGCGGCUCAGAGGCCAACGACCUGGCUAUGUUGAUGGCUCGACUCCACACAGGCAACUUUGAUAUCAUCACUUUCAAUGGAUCAUACCACGGUGGCAGCUCACAGACCAUGGGCCUUACCUCCAACUCACCAUAUAAAUAUCCCGUCCCCACUGGUUCAGGCUGCACAAAUACCAUGUGUCCUGAUGUGUUCAGAGGUCCGUGGGGAGGAAGCCACUGCAGGGACUCUCCUGUGCAGACCACCAGAGAGUGUAGCUGUUCCCAAGGUCAUUGCAUGGCAAAUGAACAAUACCUUAGACAGCUCAAGGAGACAUUUGCUACCAGUGUCCCGAGUCGAAUUGCUGCAUUCUUUGCAGAGCCUAUUCAGGGAAUGGGGGGAGCUGUGCAGUACCCCAAGAACUACCUCAAGGAGGCUUAUAAACUUGUGAGAGAGAGAGGAGGACUCUGCAUUGCUGAUGAGGUGCAGACUGGAUUUGGGCGAACAGGAAGCCACUUCUGGGGUUUCCAAGGUCAUGGCAUCGUUCCUGAUAUGGUUACAAUGGCGAAGGGGAUUGGUAAUGGAUUCCCAAUAGGAGCUGUUGUUACAACACCAGAAAUUGCAUCUUCCUUUGUAAAGGCGUUCCACUUCAACACCUUUGGAGGAAAUGCCAUGGCUUGUGCAGUCGGUUCAUCAGUGCUCGAUACUAUCAAAGAGGAUGGAACGCAGCAGAACAGUCUGCAUGUGGGCACCUAUCUGAUGACAGAGCUGGCCAAACUCAGAGACAAGUAUGAGAUCAUCGGUGAUGUCCGUGGAAAAGGCCUGCAGAUCGGUGUGGAGAUGGUCAAAGACAAGGCCAGCAGAGACCCACUGCCUCCGGAGGUAAUGAGUGAACUCUUUGAAGACAUAAAGGACAUGGGGGUCCUGAUAGGGAAAGGAGGAGUAUACGGACAGACCUUCCGCAUCCAACCCCCCAUGUGCAUCACAAAGGAGGAUGCAGAUUUCUUUGUGGCAGUUUUUAACAAGGCCAUCCACAGCUACAUGGAAAGAAAAUAAGGUCAGUGGAGUAACUCAAUGCCAAGGACCAAACCUGGACACCCGCUCAGCAGUGAAUCCUGCAUUUGUUUAAAUCUGUGACUGCAACUGUGAAAAUGUAAUUGAUAAUGACUUUGCUGUUGUGGAAAACAGUUUCCUUCUGUAAAAAAGGAACUUUUAACACUUAAUAAUGAUCUGCAAGUUAUAAUUAUCAAGACACACGUGAAGCAGUCAGUCCUGCUUUAUUGCUUUUUUCCCCUUUAGUGAGGACUCAAUCCUUCAAUACACUGAGCAAACACUACUGUGAUGAACACAAAUGGAUGAUUUUAUAGUCAGUCUGCAGCUGAACACUGUUACCAACUAUAUGUUUAUAUAUAAAUAUAUAAAUAAAAGUAAUAAUUAUCUUUUGUUUGAAAAGAAAAAAAUAUUUGUGCUUUUAAAUAU